UGUGCGCAUGCACGGCCGCUCACACACACACACACACCGAGCGCUGCAUCGAGACCAAGAUGGCGAAAUCGCGUCUGGCUUUCCUCCUGACUCUCCUCUUAACUCACUGCUACCACAGUGUGCUAGCAGUGGUGCUAAAAACAAGUAACGAGUCACCCUGGACAGACGAGUUUGACAAGGUCGAGUUGUCGUGUUUGAUUGAGUCCAUUUCCACAACAAAUCCCAGAAUUGAAUGGAAGAAGAUCACAAGUGAAGGGCCAAGUUAUGUGUACUUUGACAAGAAGAUCUCAGGUGGCUUGGAAGGCAGAGCUGUGAUCAGAGAACCAGCCUCGUUACUGAUAACCAACGCCACUCGAUUGGAUACUGCCAAGUACCGCUGUGAGGUCACUGCCGCUGAAGAUAUGAAGUCCUUUGACGAGAUUGUGAUUGACCUGGUUGUAAGAGUCAAGCCUGUGGUGCCAAAGUGUAGCGUUCCAAAGUCGGUGCCUUUUGGGAAGUCGGCGGAGCUGAGCUGCGUGGAAGACGAGGGCUUUCCUAAGUCUCAGUACCAGUGGUUCAAGAACAGGGAGGAGAUUCCAGAUGACCCAAAGACCAGCGUCAAGUUCUUCAACUCCUCGUACACACUCAACGCAGACACAGGAACUCUGAAAUUCAUCUCAGUGAGGAAGGAGGACGCGGGCGAGUACUACUGCCGAGCCAAGAAUGAUGCCGGGCAUGCGGAGUGUGCUUCCCAGAAGAUGGAAGUCUAUGACAUUGAUAUUGUGGGGAUCAUACUGGGAGUGCUGGUGGUGGUUAUAGUGCUCUUAUGUAUAACAGUUGGGAUCUGCUGUGCUUACAAACAAGGAUACUUCUCCAGCGACAAACAGGCGAGCAACAACUACAAAAUCCCAGCUAAAGGAGAUGGAGUGGACUACGUCAGGACAGAGGACGAGGGGGAUUUUCGACAUAAAUCGUCAUUUGUGAUCUGAGCCAGGAGAAGACGGCGAGGGCUGCUGUGCUGGGCUGAGUGGCUCUCCCUCCGUGCUGUCGGACCUUGAAGCUGCCACCGUCCUGCUCAGAGCUCACGGCGCGACUCAGAUACAACACCUCCAAUUUGCCAAAGGUGACGGGAGCCUGCAGGACAACAAAUAUGUACAAAUAUAGAAGCCGAGGGACUGACUCUAAUUGGACUUUACCGUGUUCAUCUGAGUUUUUAUUUGUUAAUUUAUAGUUCCGUUAUUGCAUGGAUCUAACACUAGCUGAGGGGGCUGCAGGAGACCUGUUCAGUCUGGCCUGUUAACUUUCUACUGUAAACAUUUUGCUUCAGAGCUUUUGUCAUUUGUAUAACAUUUCUUUUCUACUGUUGAAAUUUGUCACACUAUUUUUGAUGGAAUAUAUUUUAAAAGCCUAUAGAUGAAGGUUUACUUUUAUAAAUAACUGUAAAAUACUAACGUUUUUAUUUUGUCGCAGUGGUAGAUGAAGGUUUGUAACACUGUAACCACUUUGCUUUGAACUGUGAGUGUUCACCCCUUCCCAGACGGAUAAGGAAAUGACACGUUGUUGCAUAUCCAGAUGAGCGUCUUGAUCUGCCGGGGGGGGGGUCGUCCCGCUCCAGUUGUUGAUGUUUGUAGAUAGUCCUAGUGAGCUCUGGAGUGUGCCACCUAAACGCUGUGAAACACUGUAACACAAUCAGUGCAAGGUUCUCUUGGUUUAAAGUGUCCUUCAGUACUUGCAGUUGACCUUGUAAAUAUUGCAGUAACUGGUUGUCACACAAACAGAAUAACUAGACUAGUGAUGUCACAGGGAUCGUUAGUUAACCCUUCACCCUCAAAGAAAGAUGAUGCAAAUCUGAAAAGUACAGAUACUUUUGAUUUUGCUGAGGAAAACCAGCCUCUGUGUUUUCACUAAUGAUCAUUCAGGCAGCCUAUGUAGCUCUGAGUUAUCUGGACUCAUUAGUCUAAGUGCUGAGUCAGCGUUAGACCUAAAUACAGAUGGCUGAAACUCCACCUCCAUCUGUAGUUUAUCUUAAUUCAUUUGGCAGACUUUCAUCCUAAGCCACUAGCAUGAGGUGAACAUGCAACCCUCUUGCUGCAGGGUAACGGGGCUACCAACUGCACCACUAUUCAGUUGUAAAGUUUUAUAGGAACCGCCAUGUUGUGUUUUUAGAACCAGCGUCAUUGAGGAUGUAGGUCUGUAAGCCCCGCCUACUCACACGGCUGAAGUCCCGCCCACUCACCAUGACUUAAUAAUGGUUUUUAAGCAUAAAAAUAACUAGUUAAAUGAUAAAUGACACACACUUAUUUAACACCAUUCAGAGGACCCCAGAGCACUUCACACUACAGUGAAUCAUUCAUCCAUUCACACACUGAUGGGGAUGAGCUACAGUGUAGCCACAGCUGCCCUGGGGCAUGCUGACAGAGGCAAGGCUGCCAAGCACUGGCUAGCUCUCCUAUUCAAAUAACUCCGCCCCCUGAGAAUUCUAACCGAGCCAAUCAGUGUUGAGCAGCAUAUGUCACACACCGCAACGCUCAGUUUCUCAUAAACAACAAAGACAGCGUCUGAAGUGGAGUUCACUGUGGUUCUUUCCUCUGUUCUAAAUAACUUGCUGUGUUUCUCAAUGCCAAGGAGCCUUGCCUUGAUGUCUUGGUCCCGCCCCGGUUGCCUAGGAGAUACGUCAUCAGGAACCGCCAAGGCGUGUUUGUUAGCCGUUUAGCUAGCUGAGCAAGGAUACACGGGAGGUGCUCUGUAGCCUGGCCUUGGUCAAAAAUUUCCCAGAAUACACCGCGGUAUUUUCUAAAGCAUGGCAGAUCAGAAGCCGGCAGCUACUUCGGGGCAAAUUUCAAGUUUAAAUGUAAGCCAACUAAGUGUAGCUAUCGGGCUGAAAUCUGAAAUGUUUUUUUAUAUCCAAAGCUGUUAUCUAUGGUUGGUUAGUUGCUUAGUAGUUGUAGCUUUGUUGGCUAGCGGGUAGUAACUCGCCUACUAAUUUAAUUUAACCAAUUCAUACACAAUUUUAAAAGUAAAAGGUUCGUUAUAUAUUCAUGUUGAAACUUAUACGUAUAAAAUAUAACGGUACCUCCCGUGUCAUGUGACAUCACGUGACCGCUGCAGAAGCCGCAGUCUGUGGUGUACGUCCGUUCCAUUUAACUGUUUUCUUUGACCAAGGAAUGAUAGUGUCCUCAUAAGCAAGGCGCCUGCCCUUGCAAGGCGAUGUCUUGUUAGGAAGAAAGUGAAAGUGGUGUUGUAAAACACCUUGGGGGGUCGUAGGACUUUAAAAGGCGUUAUAUAAAUACAAGCCAUUAACCAUCUAAACCAGAACAAUCAACAUAGGAAGGUUUCCUAUUGGAGGGGGCGGGGCCUAAAACAUACACCACCACUAGCCACUAGGGUACAUUUUGGUCCUUUUGGCUUCAAUCUUUGCGCUACUUCCUUUGUUUAGAUAUCCAUGUUGAUGGUUUAAACUAAAACCACUAAAGACAACUAAAGGCUAAACUCAGCCACAGUUUAGAGAAACACAUGUUAACAAAAGAGUUGGGGCAACACCCAAGUAUUUGUUUACAGUAGUAUUAAACCUCACUUAGCAAUUGGAGAUGGAGAAUUAGAACCUUUAGUGUCUGCCAACCUAAAUCAACAUUGAUUUAGUAAUAAUUAAAACAAUUCUGAUGUUUUUUAACACAACAAAUGUAAAAAGGGAAGGCAGCUUUCAUCUUUUAAACAGAAGGAUCUUUGUUAGCCCCUCAUUAAUUUGAGAAGCAUCCCAUCAUCAGCUGGUGCGGAUCCCCCCCCCCCCCCCCCCCCCUUUGACACGAUCUGGUCAUGAGCCAUGCAUCCAGCUGCUCCAGGGUGGAGGAACAGCUGCUCCAUAAACCCAGAGCGCUUCUCUGAUCCGUUUCUUAAACAGGAUGUUUUUUACCUGCCUGCUGCUACAGGACACACCGAUCCCCAUCAACAACAUUAACAGUACCGCUGAUGAUGGGAAGCUGCAGACUGGGAUGGUUCUUCUCUGGAACUGGAGCUGUAAGACAGAACUCCACCUGGCCUGGUGUGUGUGUGCAGCCUCAGGCACAGGGUCCAGUCAUAACCCUAACCUGGCUUUACGUGAAAGUAGUUUAAUAUCUCAGAAUCUCUCCUCUGCAAAACUGAAAGCAUCUGAUCCUUUUUCUAGUGAGACCCGGCUGAGAGUCUGGGGGGUUCGCUGACUGUAAAUAAGUAUUUUUGUGAUUAUUUUUGUUGUUCUUUCUUUUUCAAGAUGAUGUAAAGUGAGGUUUUUAAGUAGGUUAUGUGAAGUGAUUAUCAUUUGUGGGACUUUGAUCUGAACAGAGUGAACCUGUUGAAUUGGUUUUAAAUAAGGAACUCAGAGCAAACAGCCUUUGUUGUUUUGCUUUUUCAGUUUCAAAAACAAAAAUACGACCAACUAACAUCCUGUUUCAGGGAGUCCAGCAGCCCAGACGGGUCGGCUGUGCUGUGAGUCAUGGACAUGGGUUUGGUGUUGGGCACUAGCUGGGCUCCACGCUCCUCAGCAGGAAUCUUCUGUAAACAGUUCAUUCCUCUUCAGUGCCUUCUGCCCUCAGACACGUCUGGGUCUCCUCACCUCCGGCUUGGAUCACUAACUCGGUAUUUGAGAGGGUUGAUGUUCCUGCUAACUUCACCUCUUUACUUAUCUGCUCGUUUGUAAAUACUCUUUGUUUUCGUGGAUCUGAAGGUGUAAACAUCUUGAGGUAGAAUUGAAAAAAUGUUAGUGCCUAAGUAAAUAGUGAAACAUAUUUUUGAUAAUGACACAUAAAUCCAUCAGGCCAGAUGAAAAUCAGAUGCGUCUCAGAUCUGACUCUGACCUGAUGGUUUAACAGUGAGCUCCACUGCUGCUCUGCUUCCACACACACACACACACACACACACACGACUGUGUUCCAGUGUUCGCUUGUUUUUAACCAAAGUUUGUGCAGAAUGUUGGCAGCAAACAGGAAGUAGUGUAGAUGAGCUGCUGUUUCAUGCAGACCUACAUUUACCCCACGGGCGGUUGGUGAGCGGGCCGGUUAGAUAACGGGAAGCAGCGGCAGCAGUGGUUGUGUUUGAUCACAUCCGUGUGUUUGCGUUUCCUCGGCUGUCUAAUAACUGAAAUAUUCCUGACUGACAUCAUGACUCUGAGCCAAACAGAGGAUUGUCCGUCGGCUCCAGCUGAGGUUGAUUUUCUUCAUUUUAGAGCAGCUAGUUGUGAUUAAUAAAACACUUCUUAUAUCACUGGAGAA